AUGGAGUCCCCAGAUCAUUUAGCACCAGAUUCACCAACCUCAUGUGUGUCCAUUGAGGUCAACCAAGAAGACGACAACAACAACAAUGUUGAACACUCCGACACCCAUGAAGUCAAUUUGGUGGUCGUAGGAUGUCCACACUGCCUUAUGUAUGUGAUGGUCAGUGAGGAUGACAUUAAGUGCCCCAAAUGCAAAAGUACCUCUUUGAUUCACUUUUCCAGUGACAACAAUCCUACCAUUAAAAAGGAAUAG